AUGGGCUGCUGUGUGGACAUGGGCUGCUGUGUGGACAUGGGCUGCUGUGUGGACAUGGGCUGCUGUGUGGACAUGGGCUGCUGUGUGGACAUGGGCUGCUGUGUGGACAUGGGCUGCUGUGUGGACAUGGGCUGCUGUGUGGACAUGGGCUGCUGUGUGGACAUGGGCUGCUGUGUGGACAUGGGCUGCUGUGUGGACAUGGGCUGCUGUGUGGACAUGGGCUGCUGUGUGGACAUGGGCUGCUGUGUGGACAUGGGCUGCUGUGUGGACAUGGGCUGCUGUGUGGACAUGGGCUGCUGUGUGGACAUAGGGCUGCUGUGUGGACAUAGGCUGCUGUAA